AUGAAAAAACUUCAACUGUUUUUGAAGAGAGAAGACUCCUCAACAAAUUCAGCUAAUUUUAGUGUGAGAUAUAAAGAGUGCCAGAAGAAUCAUGCUGCGAGGGUUGGAGGAUAUGCGGUUGAUGGCUGCCGAGAAUAUAUGCCAACUAGUGGGGAAGAAGGAACAAACAGCGCCUUUACUUGUGCAGCUUGCGGCUGUCACCGCAACUUUCAUAGAAGACAAGUAGUGGAAACUGAAGUUGCAUCUGAUUCUUCCUCUUCUUCUUCCUCUACCAAUAAUUAA